AUGUCUUCCGAUCUUCUCGAGUUCGAUACAUUUUACAAAUCACCUCAAGAUACUCAACCAAAAGCUAGCCAGAGUUUUUCAUUUUUUGAUGAUGCCACCUCUAGUAGCCGGUCAGGCCAGGCGCAUGCAAACCAGGCUCCGGCGCAAACUAUAAAGCAAAAUGAUGACAUUUGGGGGGAUCUGAAUAGCUUCACGAGUCCAAUGACUCCAGCACAAAGUGGAACUCCUCAAGACGAUCUAUGGGGUUCUUUUGGCAUAACGGCUACUCCCCCGAAGCCAACUAUCAAUGCACCAAAAUCCAAUUAUCAAGGGGGGAACAUAUUCAAAAAUGAUAAUGCUCCGCCAAACCCGGGAAUAGCGCGCAGAUCAACCCUUGACCUUUUUAACAAUAAUGUUCAUGAAAUGCCAGAGACUUCGUCUACCUCGAACAACCAUAUGAGCUAUUCAUAUCCUCGACCAACAUUGCCACCAUCUAAGGGUUCGUCAGGUGGCGAAAUUCUUUUUGACGCCGACGAGGAAGAGGGUGAAGAAGAUGAUUUUGGGGAUUUCGAGAGCGUCACUCCUCCUGCAUCACAACCACUUCCACCUUCAGAACCUCUCGAUGACUUUUUUGGCUCAAUGAGUAUUCAGGAACAACCGUUGAAAAAGCCCCCUAACCUCAAUACCACGUCGCCAACUCUCAAAACCCCAUUACCAUACCCACAAGCACCCAAAUCACCCUCCUUUCAGCAGCGGAAUCCGUUUCCCAAGGUGGGCCUUGCCACCCAACAAAUCAAACAAGUCGCCAAAAUGAAGACCGAAGAUAAACCGAAAUCAGCUUCUCCUUUGACGGCCUGGCCAUCAUAUGACGAGAAACCUCCAAAAGCAGCGCCCUAUGUUGAUUCGCCUGCUAUACCAUCUAUCGUUGAAGACAUAGACGAUGAUUGGGGUGACUUUUCUGAUCUUCCAGCCGAAUCUCCGGCAAUACCUAGCUCAAAUCCAACAUCUGGCAUAGCAGCCGAUGCUUGGGCCUGGAAUGCCGUCGAUAAAGUCAGCGAGCCCACCCCAGUGGAACCCAAUCUUCCACCUCCUACCAACAUUCCCCCUCCCUCGAUUCUCUUGAUGCUUUUCCCCCAGCUCUUCGACCUUCCUCAAUCAUCUCUCUUCAAAGCCGUAGCAAACCAACCAUUCUCUCUCAAGAAUCGCAUCAUAUCCGAUCCUUCUACCAUCAACUUCCUCCGCGCCUACCUCCUCAUUGCCACUGUUGCAGCCCAUAUCCUCGCUGGUCGCAAAUUACGCUGGAAACGUGAUACUCAUCUCUCGCAAGGUAUGAGCAUUGGGCCUGCUGGUGGAAAAGGCGGUAUGAAAUUGACCGGUGUCGAUAAAGCGGAGGUCGCACGUGAAGAUCGUGAAGCGGAAGAGACAGUUCGUGUAUGGAAAGAACAAUUAGGGAGACUUCGAUCGGCUGUAGCUGUAGCUAAUACAAGUCUUAAAGAUGUAUCGAAGCAUUUGGCGAUCCCAGAAAUUGGAGAUUUGAUGCAUGUGAAGACCCAAGAAGGAGGAUUAACGGCACCGAAAGCGUGUGUGAUAUGUGGGUUGAAGAGAGAAGAAAGAGUUGUGAAAGUGGAUGUCAAAGUUGAGGAUAGUUUUGGGGAAUGGUGGAUUGAGCAUUGGGGACACAGAUUGUGUAGAAACUUUUGGCAGGAACAUGAGGGGAAGUUAAAAUUAAGAUAA